AUCAUACGUAAUAAUAAAUAACAAAAUAAUAAAUAAUAAUACGGUGUAACUGUAAGUUAUCCAGAACGUUUGGUUUCAUUGAACUUCAAUUUACCUAGUAUAGGUAUUAAACAAAUAAAAAUUGAAUGAUGAGUGCUCCUCCGGCGCCUUGCGAUUGGCAAACUACUAGAAAAUUAGUAAAAGAAAGAGGCCAAUAUCUACUAGAAACCGGCACAUGGAGUGAUUGCAGGUUUAUUGUCGGUACAGAGCCAAAUCAACAAGUUUUAGAAGGGCACAAGCUUUUUCUGGCCAUGUCUAGUCCCGUCUUUCAGGCCAUGUUUUUUGGAGGAAUGGCAGAGAAGGAUCCAAUUGCUAUUUUGGAUGUUCAACCGGAUGCUUUCAGAGCUCUGCUGGAAUAUAUUUACACAGACAAAAUCAAUUUGACUUCAUUCGAUCAAGCUUGCGAGUUAUGUUACGGUGCUAAGAAAUAUAUGUUACCUCACCUUGUCGAGGAAUGUACGAAAUAUUUAUGGUCAGAUUUGUAUCCUAAAAACGCUUGUAGAGCUUAUGAGUUCGCUAAAUUGUUCGAGGAACCCAUGUUAAUGGAAAAGUGCAUAAGAAUAAUAUGUAAUCAAACGCAAGAAGUUCUUCAAGAAAACAGUUUUGACGACGCUGAAUUGUCGACGAUUUUAACAGUUUUCGAUCAAGACGAGCUUAAUAUCAAUUCCGAACUGGAGUUGUUUAUGGCAAUUAGCCGUUACGCUGUGAAACACAACCACAGCUCCGGUGCGAAAGUCCCCAGACUAGACGGUAUAGCUAACGCAACCAGUGAGGCAAAUAGCAGUCGACCUACAAUCAGAAAUGCCAUAAUGAAGAUACGUUUUCUCACGUUAUCGCCCCAGCAAUUCGCUGAAGGUCCGGGAAAGUCUUCGUUGUUAGCGGAUUCGGAAAAAUUCGCAAUUUUAAUGAACAUAUGCAGUCCCAGUUCUGCGGUACCUAUGCCCGAAGGGUUCUCAACAUCCGCAGCACCCAGGAGGAAAACUAGGUCUUCAGAUUCGUUGGUUGUGGCUGGUGCUUCGAUGAUGGAUACCUCUCGAACGUCCAUGAUCCAAUUCAAUAAACCCAACGCAGAAAUGUGCUCGGAGUUCUUCAAAAAAAUGUACUGCAGCAGGCAGCCCCUGCACAUCACCGAAUGCAUGAACACCAGCGUGUUCGAUUGCGCUGUUACAUUCACCUGUGACAAAAAUAUCUGCGUGUUUGGAAUACAGGUGCCUGCUCAAGUACCGAGAGACGAUGAGAGAGUACCCGUUGGAAAUUUGUACCCGGAAUUGUUAUAUGCCCAUUUGCUGGACGGAGAUGGCAGUCGAUUGACUUACACUCACUUUACGAGUAGAGUUCAUUACAGAUCGUUGAUUGAGAUAUCGUUUAAUCGUCCCGUUUUUAUACAGAGGAAUAAAAUAUACAAAGUCGGUGUGGUGUUGAAUAAAGUGGGCUGUUAUCCGGUAGGAACUUUCCCCAGUCAAUCUACCUGCAAUGGUGUUGUGUUUACCUUUUCGCAAAAUCAAUGUGGUGAUUCCGUACGUGAUGGAUUAAUUCGUUCUAUCGUCUUUUCUGUAUCUUCUGGUAACUCUAACAUGAUUCCGACACUCUCGGCCGAUCACACGAAAUUACAGAAUUCGAUUAAUUUAAUAUAAAAUCAGUCGAAACCUGGUUUUUAUUGUUAAUAAUUUGGUUGUAUUUUUCUAUUACCUAGAUAUGAAUUUGUGCUUUGUUUUCGUUGAUAUUUUAUUAUGUACUAAUCAGUUUUAAUUGUAAUAUGCUUGUAUAUAGCUGCAGCUUCAGAACUAAGAUGUGAAGUAAAAUUUUCGUUGAGGAAUAUCCGUUGUCCAAAUUCUCCCAGUGGGCGGUUUUUUGUUUUUUUUUCUGUUGGAAAGAUGUAUUUAUUUUUUUUAUUGAAUGUACUAUUGUAGGUUUUAAGUAAAAUUGAACAAAAUAAAUGUAUCUGUGCUAGUCGUUAUUUCGUUCUUUAGAAAAUUAGUAUACCGUUACCAAUUUUUCAAAAUAAAUUUACUGUAAAAUAUGCUACAACAUACGCAAGUAGGCAACUUGUACAUUAAACAUCAAAAAUAAAGUUAAAAAAAUAUAUAAAUGUAUACAUUACCUAACGAAAUAUAAAAGUAGAUAUAAGAUUACUGGGAUUUACUAUUAAAUAUCUCUUAUCUUAAUUAACCCUGUUUUUAUUUUAUCGCCGACGGAUUUGUUGUUUUUCAAUUCGGGACUAUUCUUCCACAUCCAUAUUCUGCAGUCCUUCUUCCAGAAGUAAGCCAGGUCGUUGAGUGAGUACGUUCGACCGCCCUGCUGGAGGAUUUCCGCUUUCACUACCACGAUUUCGUUGGUGCUCUUAUCCCGCGUUUCGAUAUUGUCUUUCAAGUCCAAAUACGCGUUGGUUUUAGUUAUCAGCUCUGUGUUGCGAUCUAUCACCUACUCAAAUCAUUUUUACGUUUUAGUAUACAUGAAGGCUAAACGGAUA